UUCUGGAAUGUUGAGUGGUGAGCAUUAAUAAGGGCUGCUGCUCGCCCUUGCAGAGGGAUAUCCUUCACGCUCACAGCAAGCAAGUCACUCUCUAUUCAGUCAUUCAUUGACCAGUCAUUCAUUCAUAGCCCGGUGCUAUCAACAAAACACUCAUUCUACUUCACAUUCUUUACAUAUACCCAACAAAAGUUCUCCCCUACAGAACCGUUACCUCUACACCCAACAUCAACUCAACCAUGUCUAUGUCCAAGGUCUUCCAGACUGGCGCUCUUGUAGCUGCCCUCAUCGCUACCGUAGCCGGCCACACCUCUGUCGAACAGUUCGAGGCUGGAGGCAAGACGUACCCCGGUUUCCGCCAGGCCUCCAAGCAGGAUCCUGGUAACCAGUCGCCUGCUUGGUGGACCAACCAGGGCUGGGGAUACCAGCCCAUCUACGGCGACAAGCUGAGCCACCCCGACAUCAUUGCCCACAAGGAUGCCUCUCCCUCCCCAUACACCGCCGAAGCCCCCGCCGGCCAAGACGUAACCUUCCACUGGCACCACGAGGGCAGCUGCGGCUCUGGCGAAGAAGGCUGGGACUGCUCCCACCACGGCUGGACAGCCACCUACAUGGCAUCCUGCAACGGCGACUGCAAGAACGUCGACAAGACCAAGCUCGAGUUCUUCAAGAUCCACCAGAGCGCCCUCAUCGACUACCGCAAGGGCCGCUACUCCUCCGGUCAAGCCCAAGGUCAGACCGGCUACUGGGGUACCGACGCCAUCUUCUACGACAACGGAAACACCCAGAAGGUUACCAUUCCAUCUGAGAUCCCCAGCGGAAACUACGUCCUCAGGACUGAAGUUGUGUCUAUCCACAACAACGGCGAUGUCAGCCAGCGCCAGUUCUGGCCUCAGGCUUUCAACAUCAAGGUCACUGGCGGUGAUGACAGCGCUCAGGUCCCUGCUGGAAAGAAGGGUACCGAGCUGUACAAGGCUAGCGAUGAGCUUCUCCAGUGGGACCUCUACUGGCACCAGGCCGGUGAGACCAUUGAGGAUGCGCCUGGUCCUAAACUCGCUGCUGUCGCUUCUGUCCAGAAGCGUGCUCACGCCCGUGACUUCUCUGCCUAGGCAACUCUUUUUAAACUUUCUUCUUCUCUUCUAUUUCCGUCUGCUUAGGGAUGGGUGGUCGCAUGCUAUUUGGGUUAGCUGCGCGGAUUACGAAAUGGUGUAUACGGGCAUCGGUUGGGGUUUAGGCUUUCACGGACCGGGACUGGGCUUUUUCUUCUUCUUGGUCAUCAUUUUUUGGGGAACUGAGUCUUCCGAUCAGGAUGAUGAUGCCACGACUUUUUAUGAUUCUCUUCUUGGAUACUCUUAGCAUUACUGCAAUGCAAG